GACUACUAGAGCAAUGGCACACAAAACAGCUUCAUUCCAGGCGCUCAAGGCAACGACGCUGGACGGCAAAGUCAUCGACGCCUCCACCUUCCCCAACCCAGCAGGAGCAGUUGUGUUCCUCAUCAGGAGAAUGGGCUGCCCUCUAUGCAGGGAAGAGGCUCUCUCUCUCUCUGGGUUGAAACCGAAGCUGGAUGCCCGCGGGAUCAGGUUGAUAGGUAUUGCUGGAGAGCACCUGGGACACGAGGAGUUUCGCAAAGACUUCUGGUAAAGAUGUUUGACAAUCGACUUGCUCGUUCCUUUAGUCCUUUUGUGCUUCCCCGGUCGUGUGUUCCUUGCUUCCAUUCUGUUCGAACGUGUUUGUUUGCUCCUUGCAAUUUUACUGAUUCGCUUCAACUCAGGAAAGGAGAGCUGUACUUCGAUCUGGGCAAGAAAACCUGGUAUCCGCUCAUGGGUGACGGCAAGACACCGACCAACACGUUCAUGGGAAUCUUCAGCUACUUGUGCGGCGGAACUGUAGCC